GUCGACGGGAGAGCCAGUCCCACGCCGCACGCCGCAGCCACCGCAGUUCCAGCCCGGUGCCGUCUCCGUCGGCUCGUCCCGUCCGUGUCGUCCCGUCCGGUCGCUACCGUCGCUACCGGCGCCUCGCCGCACCUCGCCGCGCCUCGCCCAGCCCGCCGCGCGCCCCACGACUGCCAUGUGGUCCUCACUGCUGGCCGCCACCCUCGCCCUGGCGCUGGCCGCCUCGGCGCACGCGCAGACCUGCACGACACCCGACUCGAUGUCCGGCACCUGCAUCGUGAUCCGCUCCUGCCCACCACUCUACAAGCUGCUGCAGGGGCCCAAGCCCCUCCCCAGGGACGUUGUCCAGUUCCUGCAAAAGUCCACCUGUGGUUUCCAGGGCCACAACCCCAAGGUGUGUUGUCCGGGCCUGGACCCCAUCCAGACGCAGCAGCGGCCCACCCCGGCCACCCCGGCGCCUACCCAGUCGCCCUGGGGCAGGCCGCCGGUGACGAGGCCGCCGCCGAGCAGGCCGCCGCCGCAGCCGGUGGACGACAGGAACGACCGGCCGGUCAACGUCGAGAAGGAGCCCAACCUGCGCCUGCUGCCGCACAGCGUCUGCGGGCCCAGCUCCACCGACCGCAUCAUCAACGGCAACAAGACCAACGUGUACGAGUACCCCUGGAUGGCGCGGCUCGGCUACCAGAACAGCGAGGUUGUAGACACGAGAAUAUCUAAGGAGCUCAACGGCGAGGGUGUCAUAGACCCGCGGUCAGGCUCAGGGAACGGCAACAUCGCCUACCGGUGCGGUGGCUCCCUCAUCAACUCUAGAUACGUCCUGACCGCGGCUCACUGCGUAGAAGGCGGCAGGAGCACGGAGUCUCUGACGACUGUGCGUCUGGGUGAGAAUGACAUCCGCACCGAGAUCGACUGUUCAAUCAUCUCGGGAACCGAGGUGUGCGCGCCACCCGCCAUCGACGUGGGCGUGGAUGAGGUCAUCUCCCACCCCGACUUCAGCCUGCAAGGCGUCAACCGCCUGCAAAACGACGUCGCCUUGGUGCGCCUGGAGCGAAGAGUCAUGUUCACCGAGGCCGUGAAGCCCAUCUGCUUGCCUGUCGGCAACGAGCAGUUUAAGGAUCUGGACCGCAAGAAGGUGACCGUGGCAGGAUGGGGAACAACCGAGAACGGUAAGUGCUGUAUAGGGCAGCCCGAAGAUGAGCAUGAACCUGAAACUGAGCCUGUUGAUGCGCCCGUGGCUGAAUCUCUAGCUCCAGUAGGCCACGGCAGCUCGUCGCUGCUGCAGGUGAACGUGCCCGUGGUGCCCGGCCAGCAGUGCGUCGACGUGUACAAGUCCGAGGUGCGCAUCUCUCCGAGCAAGCAGCUGUGUGCGGGCGGCACUCGCGAGGGUGACUCCUGCCAAGGCGACAGCGGCGGGCCCCUCAAGUACGCCGGCAUCGGCCACCAGACGGGAGACUUGCGCACCGUGCAGUUCGGCAUCGUGUCCUUCGGGCCGAAGCGCUGCGGCUCCGAGGGUAUGCCCGGAGUCUACACUAGGGUGGGGUAUUACAUGCAGUGGAUCCUGAGGAACAUGAGGCCGUGAAGCACCACCCUGCCGGCAAAUGGGGGCUAGAGCUAAAUGCAGGACAGGGCUGUGAAGUGAAUCAUUUUCCUUGUGUUAGUAAUGUAUUUGUGUGUUCUUGUGAGUAAUUUUAUUUUGUAUUGUAUGAGUGUGAGUGAAUGAAUGUGUGAGUGCGAGAGAGUUACCAUUGUAUGCUAUAACUUAUUUAUUAGCUUUUUGUUUUUGAUGGGAUAGAAGAUAUGAUAAUUGUUCAUGAUUUCAUCCAGUUGAAGUUUGUGUUUGUCGACUGAAUGUGCGUGGUUUGUUCGGGCCAUAAAAAUGUGUGAUAAUUCAGGAAAGACACGAUCUGGGUUUCAAACUCACUACAUAUAGUGUGCCAUCUUUUAAUAAGUUACUUUGGAUAUGUUAGAUCUAUUUAUAAAUCACUGAUGAUUUAUGCAUCGCCUUCUCAUACUCUUCAUCAUUUGUUCAUUUCAUAUUCCCCUUUUGCUUCCACCCAUUUUCCCUUCUCUCCUAAAUUUCAAGGUGGAUCACUGUCGAAAACAAGCAAAAUAUUUAUUGUAAAAUUAUGAAUAAUCUACUGCCAAUUAGAUUACAAUGUGUCACAAGUGCAUGUUUUAAAGCUAACGAUCUUCUGUUGUUACUUAUUAUUACUGUUGUAAAACGCUCUGUAGCAAAGAAUAUAGUAAUAAAUUUGUAAUCUUUUCUAAA